CCCGCUGUGGAGCUUGCAGUUGGGCACGGGGAGGAUGGCUUGAACCUCGCUGCCCGGUUGGUGUCCAGGGCAGAGACUGGGGGUCGGAAUCACCCAUCCUCACCGCGAGAGCCUGGUUGGAUGGGAUGUACGGUGAAUCUCGGGUGCUGUGAGGGAACCCCUCGCCCCCUGCUAUCUUUUGCGCCCCUGAGGCGGGAAGCGCAAGCCCCAAAGCAGCCGGGCAAAAGGAAGAGGAAACAGCUGUCAAGGCCUCAGGACCUGGAAGCAUCCACAUCCCACACUUUCAAAGUGAAGAGUUUCAAGAAAGUAAAACCAUGUGGGAUAUGUCGUCAGGCAAUUACCCGGGAAGGUAGUACCUGCCGAGGUUGCAAGCUGUCCUGUCACAAGAAAUGUGAAGCCAAGGCUGCCACACCUUGCAUGCCUGCUGGCAAUCAUGAACUGCCAUCCACUGAGGAGAGCCCUGCAAAACAUGUAGAUACCCCGGUGUUUUCAAGAUCCCCUCAAAUUAUGCAGGCACAACGUAAACCUUCAAGGAACUUGAGCCUAAACCAGGCCAUGGAAGACACUUGUGAACUAGAUCUGGUAUAUGUCACAGAACGGAUAAUUGCUGUCAACUUUGCAAGUUUGUCGGAAGAACAAACCUUCUGCAGCAACCUGAAGGAGGUGGCUCAAAUGCUUAAAUCCAAGCAUGGGGACAAUUAUUUGCUUCUUAAUCUAUCAGAGAGGAGGCACGACAUCAGCAAGCUACAUUGCAAGGUGCUGGAUUUUGGGUGGCCUGACUUGCAUACCCCUGCGCUGGAGAAGAUAUGCAGCAUCUGCAAGGCCAUGGACACGUGGCUCAAUGCUGACCCACACAACGUGGUAGUGCUGCAUAAUAAGGGAAACAGAGGUCGAACAGGAGUUGUUAUUGCUGCUUACAUGCACUAUAGCAAUAUCUCAGCCAGUGCAGAUCAGGCUCUGGACCGGUUUGCCAUGAAGAGGUUCUAUGAGGACAAAGUGAUCCCAGCUGGGCAGCCAUCUCAGAAGAGAUAUGUCCAUUACUUCAGCGGUCUGCUGUCUGGCACCAUCAAAAUGAACAACAAGCCCCUCUUCUUGCAUCAUGUCAUCAUGCAUGGGAUACCCAACUUUGAGUCUAAAGGAGGCUGCCGGCCCUUCCUCAAGAUAUAUCAGGCAAUGCAACCGGUCUACACAUCAGGAAUCUACAAUGUGCAGGGAGAUAGCCAGACGAGCAUCUGUAUCACCAUAGAACCAGGACUCCUCUUAAAGGGAGAUAUUUUGCUGAAAUGCUAUCACAAGGAAUUCCGUAGCCCGACUCGGGAUGUCAUCUUUCGAGUGCAGUUCCAUACAUGUGCCAUUCAUGAUUUGGCUAUUGUCUUCAAUAAAGAGGACCUGGAUGAUGCCUUUAAAGAUGAGCGGUUUCCUGAGUAUGGGAAGGUGGAAUUUGUAUUCUCCUAUGGUCCUGAGAAGAUUCAAGGCAUGGAACAUUUAGAGAAUGGCCCAAGUGUCUCUGUGGAUUACAACACUUCAGAUCCACUCAUCCGCAGAGAUUCCUAUGAAAACUUCAAUAUACGUCGUGAAGACAGCAUGGAUGAAGUUGGGCACACCCAAGGACCCCUGGAUGGAAGCCUCUAUGCCAAGGUGAAAAAGAAAGACUCGCUUCACGGCAGCACUGGCACUGUCAACCCCAACCGGCUUGCCCUCUCUGCCGCCCCCAACCACAUUGAGCACACGCUCUCGGUAAGCAGUGAUUCAGGGAACUCAACUGCUUCCACCAAGACAGACAAGACUGAUGAGCAGGCAGCACCUUCGGUUCCCAGCAGCAGUGGAGGAAACAAUCCUAUUUUGACCCCUGAAGAAAAGCGGGAGCUUGAGAGCUUGCUUAGUGGAUUUGGUUUGGAAAACGAAGCCACCAUGCACAACCACAGCCCCAGUGAGGUAACAGCAGGUCUUUCUGCUUCACCAGGCCGCCAUAUCAUACCAGCUCAGGUUCAUGUCAAUGGGGAAGCUGCUGGCUUAGUGGCUGAGAGGGAAACUGACAUUUUGGAUGAUGAGUUGCCCAACCAGGAUGGACACAGUGUGGGUAGCUUAGGUACCCUCUCCUCUUUCGAUGGCACUAUCAACACCAGUGACAUUGGCUAUCAUGAGGCUCCCCGGAUGGAGAGUCUCAAUUCCUUACCCAAUGGUUCAUCCAAUUUCAAUGGCUUAGACAAGCUGCAUGAUUCGGAGAUGGUUAUCAAUGGUGGUUAUCCCUACAACAACCAGAAUGCCUUGCGGAACAUCAUGGGACGUCACCCUCAUGAUCCUUAUGCGCACAUCAGGCCCUCAGUGUCUGCCCAAGAAAAUUUGGCUGAUUAUCACCAGCAUGGCUUCCCUACUCCUGGCUGGUUACAACCCCAGCCACCAGCCUCCAGCCAGCAGUAUCCCUAUGGCUACGACUCAAAUAGCAUAUAUCGCUCCCAGUCCUUCCCCACAGCUACUGCUGAAAUCUCCCAGCUUCCUCAAGCACCAGCCCGGAGCACAAGUAGUCGAGAAGCUGUCCAGAGGGGGCUUAAUUCUUGGCAGCAACAAGGUGGAGGUAGCAGACCACCAUCACGUCAACAGGAUGGUGCUCGAGACAGCCAUAGUUCCAGCAUUGCUAGUGCAAGUCCCCAAUCCAGCCCUUCACAAGCAGCACCCUCUCAAAGCAUAAGCAUCCCUGAAUUCCCUAGAGUUGCCUCCCAGAGGGAAAUAGAACAAUCCAUUGAAGCUCUCAAUAUGCUCAUGCAUGACCUGGAUCCCUCGGUCUCCAUAAUGCCUAAAUCCCAGAGUGUUCCAUUGGCUACCAGAGAAGACAGGCCACAUCCAGUAGCUCUUUCAAUGUCUGCCCAACCUGUGAUAGGACCUCAAGUGGUGCAACCAAAGGCUACCAAUGCUUUUGGCUUGAUUCCAGGAAGCCCUUCACAAAACUCUCUUGGCUCCAGUGUGCCCCAGAUGGCCGAACCAAUACCUAAAGCGCAUCCUAUGAAACUAUUGCUCAACAGUGUUGGAGAACCGGAGUAUCCAGCACAAGAUCUCAGAGAGGCCUAUUCUCCAUAUGGCUAUCAGAAUCAACAGCCAUCUGUAAUACAAGGAAAGAGCCUUGGGCAGAUGGCAGGAAGCCCACCCACAUCUCUCAGGCCCCACGCAGCAGCAUGCAAAGUCAUGGAAGGGCAGCAUCCUCUGCUGAUAUCGCCUCCCUCAUCCACAACAGCAGUCCAAACUCAGAUGCCCUUAAACGAGGCUGAGCAUCACGGGGAAACCUCUCGGGCCUCAGGGGAAGAGCCUUUGCAUCUUGAAGGUCUGGUGGCCCACAGAAUAGCAGAAUACAACGCCAAACUCCGGGACCUCCGGAACAGCAUGAAAAGCCCCCAUCCUCCUCUUCACCGACAGCGAUCCUUCUCUUUUUCUGGAUACUUGGCCCUUCUGAAUCCACCCAGCUCUGUCCCUACAGGAGUGCAGCUGCCACAGGAGAAGUCACCAGAUGAAGGCGAAGCCCUUGUCCGGAGACGUACCACCAGUGAGGGUCAAUACGAGAGCAGUCCCCAGGAACCCAGUUCACCACGAAGCCCGACCGUUCGAUCACCCAUUCACUCUGUCUCCCCAGAGGUGGUCAGCACCAUCGCUGCCAAUCCUGGAGGAAGACCUAAGGAGCCCCAUCUUCAUAGCUACAAAGAAGCUUUGGAGGAGAUACAGGGGACCUCUCCAAGCAGCCCACCUUCCAGUGGUGGUGAGACUUCUCCCCCAACCCCUGCCUUCCCUGUCUCACCACAAACCCCUUACAGCAAUCUGUUGCGCUCUCCACCAGGAUUGGCUAAAACUCCACUUUCAGCAUUGGGGCUGAAACCUCAUAAUCCAGCAGAGAUUUUGUUGCAUCAGACAGGAGAGCCUCGGAGCUAUGUGGAAUCUGUGGCUCGUACAGCAGCAGCAGCAGGCAGUAGUGGUGGGAGCGGAAGCAGCCUUGCUGGGAAGCCCCAGCCAUCUUUGGCUUCAGAGACCUACAGCACUGAGACACCUGUAAGGAAUGAAUCCCUCAACAACUCCUUCGCCUUGCCUAGCCCAGCUUCUGCCAGCAGCCCCAUACAUAGCAUGGACGGGAUCUCUGUUGGUAGUUAUCCUUCAGAAAACAGUACCAGCAUAGCCAUUUCCUCCCAGCCAUCUGCCGAGUCCAGCUUCCAAUCCACUAAUCUUUCUCAGGGUCCUUCAGCACACAGCAGUUACCAAAAUACAUCUACAUCAACUCAGGGCUUGCCAGUCUCUAUGAAUGCUGACUUCCCUGAUGGCCGAACCAGCACUCAACAAGAUAGCCAUCCAAGGCCUCAAGCCCAGAUCAUUGCAUCUGGGGUCCAAAUCAUGCCUGGAAGCCCACAUGCCCUUCAUAGAACAGUAGCUACCAAUACUCCCGCUAGCCCAGGAUUUGGACGAAGAACUGUUAGCACAAAUAAGGUGGCCGUUCCAGGAAGCCCAAGCAUGAACAGGCACUUAAUGGGUCCCCAUAGCACUGUUGUUUCAUCACCUGGGAGUCCAAGCCAUGCUCGUCACCAGCCCGUAGCAGGGGGUAGCACAGCCAUUAUUUCCGGGAGUCCCAGUCUGGAUCGACACAUACUAUGUGGGUAUUCAACUCCAGAGGAAAAGCAACAAACACUGUCUCGCCAAAGCAGUGCUUCAGGUUAUCAAGCUCCCUCUACCCCAUCAUUUCCUGUCUCCCCAGCAUACUAUCAUGGAAUUAGCCCACAUUCCUCUUCCCCUGACUCGGCAGUAUACAGACAGGGCAGCCCCACCCCACCCCAACCAUUGCUCCCCGAGAAAAGAAGGAUGUCAUCAGGGGAUCGAUCAAACAGCCUGCCAAACUAUGCUACAGUGAAUGGCAAGACUUCAUCACCCAUUUCCAGUGGCAUGUCCAGUCCCAGCAGUGGGAGCAGUAUGGCCUUUCAUCAUACUCUGCCAGAUUUUUCCAAAUUUUCAAUGCCAGACAGCAGUCCUGAAACAAGAGCAAAUGUAAAGUUCGUCCAGGAUACCUCAAAAUACUGGUACAAGCCAGAGAUCUCCAGAGAACAAGCCAUUGCGUUGCUAAAAGACAAGGAACCGGGUGCCUUCAUCAUUCGAGACAGCCACUCUUUCCGGGGAGCCUACGGACUGGCCAUGAAAGUAGCUUCACCACCUCCGGGUGUUAUACAACAGAGCAAGAAAGGAGAUAUCACUAAUGAGCUGGUAAGACAUUUCCUGAUAGAAACCAGCCCUAAAGGUGUGAAACUAAAAGGAUGUCCCAAUGAACCCAAUUUUGGUUGCCUCUCUGCUCUGGUGUAUCAGCACUCAAUCAUGCCUCUGGCAUUGCCUUGUAAGCUGGUCAUUCCUGACAGAGAUCCUAUGGACGAAACAAAAGAAACAACAUCAUCCAGCAGCUCAGCAACUGAUUUGCUCAAACAGGGAGCAGCUUGCAACGUGCUGUUUAUAAACUCGGUAGAGAUGGAAUCAUUAACUGGCCCUCAGGCCAUCGCCAAAGCUAUCACUGAGACGCUGGCUGCUGACAUCUCUCCCUCUGCUACUAUUGUCCACUUCAAAGUCUCCACACAAGGCAUCACCUUAACAGACAAUCAGAGGAAACUGUUCUUCAGACGACAUUACCCUAUUGUUACUGUCACCUUCUGUGAUGUGGACCCACAGGACAGAAAGUGGACUAAAUCAGAAUCUGGUGGUGCUGCCAAACUCUUUGGCUUCGUGGCUAGGAAGCAAGGCAGUACGACGGACAACGUUUGUCACCUCUUUGCUGAGCUGGAUCCAGAUCAGCCAGCGGCUGCCAUUGUCAAUUUUGUUUCCAGAGUUAUGCUUGGCUCUUCUCACAAGAGAUGAACUGUGGCUUCCCCCUUGCAGGGGGCUUCUUGCCCUUGAAUUUUGUCGAAGGACUUGGAGUCGUUCCGAGAAGUUGUAGGAGGAAGUGCUUCGUGAAGGAGUGAUGUGAACUGAUGGGGGGAAGGGGGAGGUUUAUUAAAAAGAAGUGAUUUGAAUUGUUGGAAGGCUGAAACCAACCAAACACAUGUAUGUAGCAGAAACCAAGGAACUGACACCAUUGUCUUUCCCUGCCAAGAUCAAGAGAUGGAAACAGUUUUGGCUUUUGGCUCAGCACAAAAUCAGAGAAUUCAGCCCCACAGGCCAAAGUAUGAAUCUUAGUAAUCUUUGUGGGAUAGGUCUAUCUAGUAGUUGCUUGUUUAGAAAAUAAGGCAAAAAUGAAAUCAACUCAAAUACCCAUGACUAUAUGAGCUUCAGGAAAUAAUAUCCAGAGAGAUGCUAAAAAAAAGCAAUCAUUUUUUUUAAAAGCAAAUGCUCCCGCUUCAACUACUGCUGAAAGUAUGAAGUAUGUCUGUAUGAGUGUGUGUGUGCACAUGCAUGUGGUCUGUCUGUGAUAUGCACAUAUUUCAGUAUUUAACGUGAGGCUUUACUGUGAGGCUUCUUGCCUCUGAUGGCUAUUCAGAAUAUGUAUGUCAUUCUCCUGAGGUCACAGGUCUCCGUAACCUGAAAGAAAACUUAUGAACAACUGUUACCAGUAUGAGAGUUACAGUGCAAGUGGCAAGUAUUUAUUUUAAUCAGUAGUCACACUCAUUCCCCACAUGCAUGUGCACCUAAAAAUUUAUACAAAAGAGUUUCAGAGCUCAGAAUCUCUUUUUCGGUAAUAAUUUGUGGAGCAUGCUAGUCAAAGAAAAUACAGUAGUAUCUGUUAAGAGUCUAGGAAUGGGAUCCAGACUAAAUUAUCCUAAGACUCUCUUUCCUGGAAAUGUUAAAACACCAGGAGUUGGGGAAUGCACUUCCUUUUGAGUUUAGGAUAAAAACAGUCCUGCCCAAACUUAUCCUUUUGGAGAGAUACACAUUGUUUUGGAAGUUGCAUGGAAAUAGAGCAAAGGCAAGAUGAAUAAUCCAAUAAUUGGGAGGGGGAAUUCUGUUCUGAAGUCAUUAAGAAUAACCAUUAUAAAAACUUAACUUGUUGAUUUAAGCAUGGCCCUAGCUAUUUCAAAAAGGUAGCGGCCGUAUGGAGGUUCAGUAUGUAGCUAAAUUAGUUCAUUAGUUUUGCAUUAUUAAACUUUAUUUUUGCUUUUGGAGGCAUCAAACAAUAGAUUUUUUGCACUGAUCUGCUAAUAAUGUUAUGCUAGAUGGACAUUUAGUAUAAAAAGGGAGACCUUUAUCAUUUCAUGCAAAGCAGCUUCAUAUCCUUUCCAGAGUAAAUGAGAAAGUGUAGCAGUUGCAGAAAAAAAUGUUAUAUAUAUAUAUAUCUUCUUAUAUUUAACAUCACGGUUGAAUCCUUGUACUAGAAUGAUUUUUGGCAUUUCUAAUGGAGGCCAUAUAUACUAUCUCUGUAAACUGUUCAUGCUUGGUAUCUAUCAAGGAGAGUGUGAAUAAUAUGGAUUGAGCUAUCAGAUAGAAUUUCUGUAGUGUAAUGAGAAUUUCUCACUAUCUUCCCAAACUUCUACCAUUGGCAAAUUUUAGGCUUAAAGAUGUGCUGAAUGGAUAAAAAAGUGUUUUUUUUUCUAUCACCCAAUUUGCCUAUGGCUUUAUUGUCAACGUUUCAUUAGGGUAGAUUCAAGAAAGCCAUGUUGUUUUGCUAUAUAUCAACUGAUCCAGUAGAAACUGGUACAAAAGGUCACUGAAGAGCCCAUCAUGCAUGGAAAUAAUAUAAAAAAACCUCUACCCCAUGCCCUGUUAAUAAACCCAACCCUAUAAAUUUCGUUCACUUGCUACUGAAAUUGCAAAUGUGAUUCAACAAGAUCUGAUUAAAAUAAUUGGAGAGCCAUUGUUGCCUCAUAGACUAGCAAGGAGGACCUAAGUCUUAGCAGGUCUCCAUCAUACUCAUGUGCGCCAACACAAUUCAGUGGCCUCCACUAGAAACCAUGAAUAGAAAUUGGUCUCUCCAUCAGUUUUGUUCUGACAUGAAUAGGUCAUAAAAUAGUGAAGAACAGAAACAUUUUUGGGAUGGAGGCCAUGUUGAUGAGACCCUUCAUAGAAACUCAUGCAAUAUUCAUUAAAAAUCAGUAUGACAACUUGCGAGUUGUGCAGUCACCUAAAUUCCCCCGGCAUUUUCAUUGCCUUCUUAUAUAAUAUAUAUAUGUAUGUAUGUAUGUAAGUAUGUAUGAAAUAUACUGACAAAAUAAUGUAAGCUAAUCAGUAUUUUUUUUUUAAAAAAAUGAAAUUUACACAAAGUAUUUAUUUUUUUUGUUUUGUUUUUGGCCCUGUUGGUUUUAUUUCUCAUCUUUGAUUUUUGCAGCUCCCUUCAUUCCUCCUACCCCAUAUAAUAUUCUCUGUAUGAUUAACCUGUCACCUCCAGAGGCACUGGGAUUUCCCCCCCUGAAAUUCUGGGAGCUGUAGUCGUAAUAUAGCUGGAAAAUACCAGGUCUGGGGAAUGAUGACAGUACAAAGCUUUCAUAUUAUUAGCGUGAUCAUCCUGAACAAAGUGUCCAAACAUGAGUCAGUUCUAUCUCCUGAAUGCUGUAAAAGCAGCAGCUUCUAAUUGUGUGCCCCAGGGCAAUGUCAUUAUACAAUGUUCCUCAUCCCCCCACCAUCCACCCCAUUGUUCAUCCUCUGCCUGAGCAAAUGAGCAUGAAUGCAUUUGUACUUUAUUGUUGAAUGACAUGCAGGAUAACGGUGCGCGUAUGUGUGAAAGUGUGUGAAGAGAGAUUCAUUUCUGGAUAUCGUUGUAUAAAGCAUGAGUUUUGCAACUGAGAAUUGUUGAGACGGAGUGAGAGGUACUUGGAUGGAGUGGGAACAUCCGUUUUUGACAUCCAUCACCCAAGCUCCAAGCCCCAUCCGUACCCAGAUGGGAUGCUGGAGACUGCGAGAGUUUUUCUUUAUGUUUGUUCUAAACGUCUCUCUCCUUCUGAAAAAUUCAAGCAAGAUGAUUUCCCCUCCCUCACCUGCAACUGUGUCACCCUGCCAUUAACCAAUUAGAAAAAGACUGUGUCUAUAUAGAUAUAUAAAUAUUAUAAAUAUAUAUAUUUUUUGAAAGUCUCUAUUUUUCAGAUUUCAUUUUUUUUUCACUGCUUCCCGAAUUGUCCCCAUCCUCAGUGCUUGCUACCUUGUCACAGGAAAAGUAUAUUGAAAGUUAAUGGUUCAUGCCUUUUUUGACACUCAGAUGAAAGGAAGCUGAUAUAAGUAUCCAGUAAUCACAUAUAAGUAAAUACAUUGGUAGGCACAUGCAUGUGAACAAAAUAUCUGCUUCCAGCCAUGCCUUGUGCACUGUUCCUAUACUAACUCACAAGCUAAAGAUGAAAAGUUUAAGAUCCCUCUCUUUUUAGCCUACUUGCUGAGGCAAAGCCUAAUCACAUUAUAUAGCUUGUUGCUUGUCCAGUUUGUAUCAAGACAGUGCUGCAUUUUAGGAAUAAACUUGUAAUUUAUGUAGAUCACCUUCUCAAUCCUUCUCUCAGCCCAGGGCUCUUAAAGUGUAUGUGAGGCAGAAUACCCAAAAGGACAAUUUCUAGAACUAAUGGGAAACCUGACUUGUUCGUAAACCCUACAAUCUUUUUGCAUAUGUUGGUUGGGUCAGAAAAUGAUGGCUUUUAAUAAACUUUCCUCAAGUGGCAUGUUGGGCUACUCCAGUUGUGUGUGAUGAUGUAGACCAAAGACUCAAAAACUCGACCCUGGUCCAUCAUCUGGCAUGGUCCAGCCAUGCCAGAAAGGAUUGUCUUGGAUGUAUAAGAACUGAAAAGGGCAACUAGUUUUCAUUCUAUUGCCCCAAUGUUGGCAAUACCAUCCUGUUUUAUCUCCUUUCUUUUCUAGAAUCUCAAACAGGAGAUGGCUAGGCUAAGCCACCUUCCGUUAAUUCGAUGUCCUUUCAAUGGGAUGACAAGUCCCAGAAUUCCCAAUUAGCAUGGGGUAGGAGUCCUAGGAGUGCCCAUACCAUGCUAUCUAGACAGCAGCAAAUUGAAGAAAAGCUGGUUUAAUUCAUGUGCCUUAUUCACUGGUUCAUCUAGUGAUUUGCUCCAGAUGUGAGUGAAUGACUGGCUAUAUCAACCUUCUUUUUUUUGGAUUUAAUCACAAAUCCAACUUUUAUCAGUGGUACAAAGGGAACUUUUGUGAGGCAGGGCAGACAACCUCUGGUCCAGGUCCAUUUACUUCGCCUUUCUUGAGCUUCAAACCCUGAGAGAACUGUUGGUUUUUUUCUGAGUUUUUAGAGAUACCAGCAAGCGGGAUUUUCUCUGAAAACACUCCACUUCACGUCCAAUACCUGGGGCUCAGGUCUAAUGUAAUUUUAGCACAUGUAUGUUAUGUAAUGAUUUAAAAGAUGUUGGAUUUUAUACAGAAUGCACUCAAAGCACCCUCUGCGCACAGAGUAUUACAUGAUCUUGCCAAAGAAACCUAUUUGAAAUGCACUUUUCUUCAUUGUACAUUUAUUCUGUGUGGUUCUGCUCCUCCACCCCCAUUUUAAAAACUCUUUGUUUAAACUGUGUUUGCUGGUGAAUUUUCUCUGGCAAUUUCUGAAAUUCUGUCUUAGAAUAAUUGGGUGAUUUUGCUAAUUGUAUAUGUAGCUUGAUAUUUAAAGAAAGUUCUUGAGCAGUAAAACAGCCAAAUUAUAUUGCAUUUGUGAGAGAGAGCAGGAGGAAAGCCAUUAUAAACUCACCGACCUUAAGCUUUAACAUUUCUUCCCUCCGAGCUAUUGUAUGAAACUCUCACAGUGGUUUGUUUAAGUCUCGUGUCUAAAAGUAGCUAUUUUCUAAAUUUCCUUCUCAGCAGCAUUAAUAAAUAAUAUCUGACAAAUAAAUAACAUUUAAGCAGGCCCAGGCUUAUUUAUAACCAAGAAAAGCAUCUUUGUUAAACUGGGACAGAACCUUAGCAGACAGAAGAAUAUUAAGGAGCCUGUCUCUUCUCAGUCCCAUCUCUUGCUAUAAAGUCCUUAGACGUAUCCUCAGUGUCAGUAUUGAAGGAAAACAAUUUUCUGAUUUGUCAAUGUAGAUUAAAGGAGCCGCCAUCUUGCCCUUUCUCAUAAGCAGCAAAUUGGCUUGGAUUAGAGUAAUGUUAGAAUCAAGAAUGUGCCUUUUUAUCCUAACGCAGCUGGCGGGCAUUGGCAAAUAAUCUUCUUCUUUUAUAGAGGUUAUUUGACAUGCAGCUCAAUAUAGACAUGAGGAAUAAGUUCCUAUCAUUUCUUUAUAAUAGGGAGGUUGACAUACCAGGAUGUUUUUUCAUAUCGCGGUUCACUAAUUGUCUUUAAUUAUGGGGCAGACAUUGGCCCCAAUGAUAAAAAAAAAACAACAGCCACAUUGGACCAAUAGCCCAACAAGCAGCUUAUAUAUCUGUUCCCAUCUGCAGUUAAACUGGAUGCACUGGAGAAACAAAUGGGAAGAGGAAACAGAGCUGAGUUACAUCUUCUGGCAGUAAUUAGUCUGAAUAGUUCAUAAAAGGUUGAUUCGAAACAGGCUCUGUUCAAGUUAUUUUUGUGCUGUGUAUUUAAGAAAUAUUUGGCAAAAGAACAAGCUGGUGAUAAGAUGUAUCCUGCUAAAUUUCAGGGCAAAUGUUACACUGACUUCAUGGAAUAUCUAUGUAAGGCACAUUGAAAAGUAAUCUGAAAUGCUAGCUUUUGAUCUGUUGCCCUCUGUCAUUUUUCACUAUUAAAAGCAAGACUCUCUCUUCGCUAACAUGAUCAAGAACCACUGCUGGACCUUUCUUUUAUGCGUUAAAUGAAGUGGUUUAAACAAAUAAACACACAAUUAUAUUAUC